UCAAUUUAACUACUUCCACUUUUUUUCCUUUAUAAAUAAUCCAUUUUCCCAUUUCUUCUCUUCAUUCUAUUCAACAAAAAAAACAACACAAUCAAUAAGGACAAUUUUUCUUAUAGAUUCAAUGGAUACAAGUUUGGGAGACAAUAGUUUUUCCAUUGACCUUAACACAAACCUCUCUUUGCACAACACCAAUACAAGUCCGCGCGAGACGUUGGAUGAAGAAUUGAUUAGGAUGAGAGAGGAGAACAAGAAGUUAGUAACAAUGCUCACAAAUUUGUGUGAGAACUACAAUUCCUUGCAAACUCACCUAAUUGAGUUGCUGCAAAAAUACUCUACUCAUAAUGAAGAGGACAAUUCCAAUUUAUUAUUACCAAGGAAAAGAAAAGCUGAAGAAGAGUGUUGUGUGAAUAAUUUUGAAGAAGCAUCACCAAAGAGGCCAAGAGAAAUCACAACCAAUGUUUCAACUGUUUGUGUCAAAACUAAUCGAUCCGAUCAAACCUCAGUGGUGAAGGAUGGAUAUAACUGGAGAAAAUAUGGUCAAAAAGUUACAAGAGAUAACCCUUAUCCUAGAGCAUAUUAUAAGUGUUCAUUUGCACCAACAUGCCCAGUCAAGAAGAAGGUACAAAGAAGCAUUGAAGAUCCAUCAAUUUUAGUAGCUGUAUAUGAAGGAGAACACAACCAUCCUCAUCCAUCCCAAACUGAAAUAACAGUACCAUUAGUCAACCAAGAUGUUACAACAGAUCCAACAUUUUCUAACAAAUUCAUGGAAGAUAUUGACACAAAUUCAUUACAACAACAUUUAGUUCAACAAAUGGCUUCUUCCUUAACGAGUAGCCCUACUUUCACAGCUGCAGUUGCUGCAGCCAUCUCUGGAAAAAUUUUCGAAUAUGAUUUGCCUUUCAAAUAAAGAAAAUUUACAGUUACUCAAAUGGUUUCUCUUUCUUUAUUGAGAUCAAAAUGAGCUUGUUUGGACAUA